GUUGUGGAUCACGUGUGUGUUAACUGUCCGGGCUGAGAGCAGCCCCACCAGCAGCAGCAGCGGCGGCACUGCAGCUCCUCUGGGCGGACUCUUCCACUGUAACCACCGCCUCUUUCUCCAACUGCACUGGGACAGAUUUAUGCUUCAGCUUUCUUAUUUAUGAGCACCAAGUCCACCCCCCCAGGACCCCUCUAGGACGGUGUGACCGCGUAAAUGAAGUGUGAAGACGACAUGGGAAGCCCCGUGUACCCGAGAUGACCGAUGAUUUGGUCCAAAUAAUCACUUCUUUUUGUCGCCAGAGAGGGAAACUUAAAACAAGGCUUGUUUUUGGAGUUCCACCUCCCCUCCUCUCUCCCCGUAGGAUUUGAUUCAAAGGCGAAAACCAAGAUGGCCGCCGAUUCCGUGCAGGGGGAUGCCAGGGGCCAGCUGGUGGCGGAGCGACUGGGUCUGGGACACAACCUGGACCUGUCUGACACAAUGGUCCAACAGAAGCUGGAUGAGAUCAAGGAGCAGAUCCGCCGCGAGAUCCGCAAAGAGCUGAAGAUCAAAGAGGGUGCCGAGAACCUGCGAAAGGUCACCACAGACAAGAAGAGCCUGGCAUAUGUGGACAACAUGCUGAAAAAAUCGAACAAGAAGGUUGAGGAGCUUCACCAGGAGCUGCAAGAGCUCAACGCUCACAUUGUGGUCAAAGACCCUGAAGAACUGCUAGAAUGCCCUUUGACCCCAGACACACCCAACAGCGAGGCGAGAAUGUGCACCAGCAGCAGCCGCCUGGCCGCCCUGAAAAGGCAGAACGACAUUGAGCUCAAGGUCAAACAGGGUGCCGAGAACAUGAUUCUAAUGUACUCCAACGGGCCCUCCAAGGAUCGUAAGUUGCUAGCGACUGCCCAGCAAAUGCUUCAGGACAGCAAGACGAAGAUCGAGUUCAUCAGGAUGCAAAUCCUCAAGGCCAGCCAGGCCAACGAGCUGAGCUUCGAAAGCAAUGAUGUGAUGGACAAGCCCAUCAUCAGCCCGCUGGACCUGCGGGUGGAGGAGCUGUGUCACCACGCCAAGAUAGAGUCCGCCGUGGCCGAGGGAGCCAAGAACGUCAUGAAACUCCUGGGCUCGGGAAAAGUCACAGAAAAAAAAGCACACUCGGAGGCCCAGGCUCGUUUUAAUGAGUCCAGUCAAAAGCUCGACCUCCUGCGAUACUCCUUGGAGCAGCGCCUCAACGAGUUGCCUAAAAAUCACCCUCGCAGCAGCAGCAUUGUGGAAGAGUUGUCCCUGCUGUCCUCACCGGCUCUCAGUCCCAGAUCCAGCAUCAUCUCCACACAGAACCAGUAUAGCACCGUGACUAAACCCGCCGCACUCACAGGCACGUUAGACGUCAGGCUCAUGGGCUGUCAGGACCUUCUGGAAAAUGUCCCAGGUCGUUCCAAAGCUGCAUCCGUGCCGCUGCCCGGCUGGAGCCCCAGCGAGACACGCUCAUCCUUCAUUAGCCGAGCAAACCGAAACCGAGGCGUGAGCUCGCGGAACUUGACAAAGAGCGAGGAGCUCUCCAAUGAGAUCAGCGCGGUGCUGAAGCUGGACAACACAGUAGUCGGCCAAACAAGCUGGAGGUCGGUCAGCAACCAGGCCUGGGACCAGAAGUUUACAUUAGAGCUGGACCGGUCUCGUGAGCUGGAGAUCUCGGUGUACUGGCGUGACUGGCGUUCACUCUGCGCUGUCAAGUUCCUGCGGCUGGAGGACUUCCUGGACAACCAGCGUCACGGGAUGUGUCUGUACCUCGAGCCACAGGGGAUGCUGUUUGCUGAGGUGACAUUUUUCAAUCCCGUCAUUGAGAGACGACCAAAGCUGCAAAGACAAAAGAAGAUAUUCUCGAAGCAGCAGGGUAAAACCUUCCUGCGAGCCCCUCAGAUGAACAUUAACAUCGCCACCUGGGGCCGCCUAGUGAGAAGAGCCAUACCAACCGUCAGCACCAACUCCUUCAGCCCGCAGGCGGCUGAGACCGGGCCCAGCAGCCUGCCUGGUUCACCCACACCCAGCAGCGACCCGCUGGUGACCAAGCUGGACUUUGACAAAGAACCCACCCCAGGACCCAAACACUACCCGCCACCCGACAACAUCCGAGAACCACUGGUGCAGGACAAGAUGCCCGACAAGGAGGAAGUACAGGACGCGCUCGCCUCGUUUGACUUCUUGAACAAGAGAAACAGCAUAGCGGUGAAGCCAGACCUGGACAGAGAGGUAGAGCAGGCGAUCCAGAAUUCAGAUCUGGAGCUCACAGCCAUCCAGAAAGACACAGAGAUAAGGGAAGAAGAGCAGUUCCACUUCAGCCUCCAAGACUUCAAAUGCGUGGCAGUGCUCGGACGUGGUCACUUUGGAAAGGUGUUGUUAGCGGAAUAUAAAAGCACAGGAGAGAUGUUUGCUAUCAAAGCUCUGAAGAAAGGAGAUAUUGUGGCUCGUGAUGAGGUCGACAGUUUGAUGUGCGAGAAGAGGAUUUUUGAGACGGUCAACAGCGUCCGUCACCCGUUCCUGGUCAACCUGUUUGCGUGUUUCCAGACGCAGGAGCACGUAUGUUUUGUUAUGGAGUACGCGGCAGGAGGCGACCUGAUGAUGCACAUCCACGCUGAUGUUUUCUCUGAGCCCAGGGCUGUAUUUUAUGCAGCCUGUGUCGUAUUGGGAUUACAGUUCUUACAUGACCAUAAGAUUGUGUACAGAGAUUUGAAGCUGGAUAAUCUGCUCCUGGAUACAGAGGGAUAUGUAAAGAUUGCUGACUUUGGGCUUUGCAAAGAAGGAAUGGGUUUCAGGGACCGCACCAGCACAUUUUGUGGCACGCCAGAGUUUUUAGCUCCCGAGGUUCUGACUGAAACGUCGUACACCCGAGCAGUGGACUGGUGGGGCCUGGGCGUCCUUAUCUUUGAGAUGCUGGUUGGAGAGUCGCCCUUCCCCGGUGACGACGAGGAGGAGGUGUUUGACAGCAUCGUCAACGAUGAAGUCCGCUACCCACGGUUCCUCUCGACUGAAGCCAUCUCCAUCAUGAGGAGGCUUUUGAGGAGGAGUCCAGAACGACGGCUGGGAGCAGGAGAAAGGGACGCAGAGGAGGUUAAGAAACAUCUAUUCUUCAGGAACAUGGAUUGGAACGGACUCUUGGCCAAGAAGGUGAAGCCACCGUUUGUGCCGACCAUUCAGGGCUCCAACGACGUCAGCAACUUCGAUGAUGAAUUUACCUCAGAGGCUCCGAUCUUAACCCCGCCCAGGGAACCCCGAGCGCUGAACUCCGACGAGCAGAACAUGUUCUCUGACUUUGAUUACAUCGCUGACUGGUGUUAGCUUCACCUGACCCCCACCCCCCACUCUUAUCAAUCUACACACACACACAUACACACACACAGACACUCACACACACUGUGAACCAACCAACACAGCAAUGACUGUAGCUCACAUCAUUUUAAAACUUUCCUCUUCCCUGCCCAAAAAGUUGAGGUGGAGGAACAAACGUGGCUCCGCGAGCCUCCGGGCAAAAAACUCUGUGCCAUUGACAAGAAACUCCAGAAACCCUCCUGAGGACGCCCACUUAUUAUUUUUUUUUUUAAUCUACAUGAAGAACUUUUUUUUUUUUUUUUUUAAGAAAAAGAAAACAAAACUGUCGUUGGAGAGUGAAGGAGGAAGGACGCUUCAUCCUCCUGCACACGUCGCCGCCGUGUCCAUUGUCUGACCACUGAGAAUGUUUUUCAUAUGAACUCCGAGAAGACGGCAACAUCACAAUCAUGUUAUUCAGUGUCACUGUCUCUUUUUUUUUUUUUUGAUCUGUACAGAUUAUAUCCAGUUGUGUAUUUUAUUGUUGUUUUUUCUCUUUGAUUACAAAGCCCUCGCCAUAGCUUAAGGACAUUUUUUUUAUCUCACUGUAAAAAAAAGUUUGCCAUUUUCUCCACGAUCAUGUCUCAAACUGGCAUUCGGUGAAUUUCAAGUGCUCAAAGCAUUCGUCACUGAACGGUCAGCUACAACAACAAACAUCUUGACUACUACUGCUGCUUCUUGACUUGAAAUCCAAGUAAGAGUCUACAUGUCUUUAUGUCCACAAACUCGCCUGAAGCUUCCAUAUCUUCACACAAUGAGACACUCUUUAGUCUAAAGCAGCUGUCCGUGCAGCGUUACAUGCUGCUGCAGCUGUUAAAUUAAUCACCAUCACUUAGUUUUAUUUGGAAAUUAGUUGAUAAUUAAAAAUGCCUUCUGGGUAGAAGAAAUAAUGUAAAAUAUUUAAUGUUUUUUUUUCAGUCUGAUGUCCUCUAGUGCCAUCAGACUGUGUAGCUUGAGGUUGAGAUUCAGCUGAGCUCAUUUCUAAAUACCUAAGUGCAGCUUGGUGUUGCCCUGUCUUUCGGAGCAAUAAAAUCAAACCUGAACGUUGAAUUUUCAGAGCCGAGUUCAGCUGGAUCUCAGUUCAUUAUUUUGGUUUUCCUUUCCUCAGUGAACAGCUGGUUGUGGUGGACCUGACAGUGUUUUUUUUUUUUUGUUUGUUUUUUUCUUGAUACCUCAAAGUGAAAACACUAAAGUGAGUGGCACGGUGACAGCUAACUAAAAACCAAAAUUCAUCCUGUCUCUCUUGAAGCAGCAGACAAACAAACUCUUCAUGGUUUAAAAGAAACAAACAUUGAUGAACUGACGGUGCACACAGAUGACAGAUGAAACUCCAGGGCUGAGCUGUUUGUUGAAAACAUUUAAAUUUAGGUUAUUUUAGGUCUCUUGUCAAAACGCUUCCCACACUGUUCUGUGAUCAGUUAAACGUUUCAUGUUCAGCUGACGACUCUGUUGAUUUGCAUGUUUAUAUAAACUGACUCAGACGUUGGAGACCUGUUGAUGAAUCACUACAGGGGAGGGCAGGGUAUAUUAUAUAUAUACAUACUGUAUGUACACAAUUAAGCUGAAAGCACUAAUUUUAUCAAUAGUUUUUAAUUAUCUACGUUUCUUAAUGAUGAAAAUAGAUUGUACAGAGUUUUGUUUUUUAUUCUUUGCUUGUGCAUGUUGUUGCCAGGACAGGCGAAAACUUUAUGGAUGGUACACCAAUACUCAUGUCACAACUGUUGCUGUUCAGCCCGGUGUAUAAAAAGAGAAAUGGCAUUUCUGCAGUUGUUUGUUGCCCAUCAUGAAUGCACAAAUUAAACAUUUGUAAUAGUG